UGACCACCGUUGCUUUUGUUUGGAAAUUAUGAUAUCGACGCACACGAGGAAAAGAAGAGAGGAAAAGGGCUUCUUGUUUCUUCCAUUUUAAUUUCCUUCUUCCUCUACCAACAAAUUGAAAUCAAAUAUCCCUUUCAUUAAUUAUCGAUUAAUCAAACUUAGCCUGCUAUAGCCGCCUGAAGUUCUUCUAUUCAUCUCUUAAUUUAAUAAAGGAAAUAGAAAAAAAAACCCAACUUUGUUUCUUGUAGCCGCCUGAAGUUGUCUCUCUGUUUAUUUCUUCCCAUCUCUUAAUUUAAUAAAGUAGAGGGAAUUUGAGAAGAUGGCGAAGAAUGAAGACACUGGCAGUCCUGGUUGGAGGACUUCAUUGUUUUUGCAGACAACAGAAGAUGUUGCGAAAGCUGUUGCAGACGCAGCCACCACUGUGCCAUCGCCAAGGCCAUCUGUGGUAUUUUCAUCCAAGGAUGAUCAUGGUGAUAGCCAAUUCCAGAAGCUACAGCGCCAUUUUAGCAGAAUGCUAAAAGGGUUUUCUUCUCCUCCGCCAGAAGUGAAAAGUGGAACUUAUAAUCCAGAAGUUCUUACUAGCCAAAAACGUCAGUGGGCAAAAUUUCAGUUACAGUACUUGGACCAUAGGCCUUUAAAGGCGCCAUCGAGGCUUAUAGAGAGCAUGGUAGUUGUUGGACUUCACCCUAAUUGUGAUCUUCAAGCACUCCAGAGGCAAUAUGGUCCCAGAAAGUCCGAAGGUUCUGGGAUAUUGCAAGGUGCACUUGGUUGUCAAAAUCAGUCACGUAUAGAACCCAUUCUUGAGCCCCAGGUUUUGUUUGUUUAUCCUCCAGAAAAACAGCUGCCACUUAAAUACAAAGAUCUUGUAUCAUUUUGCUUCCCUGGAGGCCUGGAGGUUCAUGCAGUUGAGAGAACUCCUUCCAUGAGCGAGUUGAAUGAAAUUCUUCUUGGGCAGGAGCACCUUAAACAAAGUGACCUGUCAUUUGUAUUUCGAUUACAGGUUGCUGAUGAUUCAACAUUGUAUGGGUGUUGUGUGUUAGUUGAAGAAAUUGUGCAAAAACCCUCUGGAUUGCUUUCCAUGGUUUCAGAUAAACAGUCUUCCCGCUCAUCUUUGAGCCGUUACAUGCUCACCACGUACAGAUGUUACUGCAUUCUCUCAAGGCUUCCAUUUUUUGAAUUACAUUUUGGUUUAUUGAGCAGCAUCUUCACAGAAGAAAGGUUGGAGCGAUUAACAAAAAAUAUAGGCUUUUUAGACUUGGAAGAAGAUUUAGGUGACAAUUUAGAUGGUGUAUCAACGAAUUAUAGAGCUGCAGAGGACAUACCAGAUGGAACGACAGAAAUAUCCCAAUCCAGCUUAAGGGAUUCUACACCUGGAGGUUUUGAUGAUGAAAAGAGUAACGUGGAGCCUCAAAUUCUUGAGGAGCAUAUUCAUUCUUUGAAGAAAGGUGUCAAUGAUGAUGCUGUUCCUAUUUAUUCUGAAAACGAGAUGGUUUCAGCCAAAGGUGAACCUGGUAGAGUAAACUUAGAAGAUUGUGAUGUUGAUGAUUCUCCAUCGAACAAGCAAGCACAAGAAAGACGAUUACCAAAUGCUAUUCGGCCACUCCUCCGCCAUUGUCAGUAUGAAAGCUCUGAAUCUUCCUCCAGCUUCCAGGGUUCUCCCAGUGAGGAUAGAAACUUUAGGAGUGAUGUUGAUGAUAUGGAGACCGAAGAGGCAUCUUUUUCUGGGCAAGAAGAUUCCAGUGAUCACAUUGAUAUUCUGGAAUGGGCUAAGGCAAACAAUCAUGGAUCAUUGCAGUUACUGUGUGAAUAUUACCGGCUGCAUUGCCCUGCUAGGGGUUCCACUCUUAGAUUUCAGCCUUUGGAGCAUCUUCAUCCCUUAGAAUAUCGUAGACCUGAUGAAGCUGUUUUACAUGUUAAUGGCUCAACUAUUGAUUUGAGAUCAUGCAUCACAAGUCUGGAGUUUGCAGAGGCACGCAGUGCACUCUCUGCAGAGGAAGAAGCCACUGCAUUAUCAACUUGGGCCAUUUCAUGCAUAUGCGGAUCCUUGCGACUUGAGCAUAUCUUGACAAUGUUUGCGGGAGCCCUGCUAGAGAAGCAGAUUGUGGUUGUGUGUUCUAAUUUGGGAAUCUUGUCUGCUUCAGUUUUGUCAAUUGUCCCUCUCAUUCGUCCCUAUCGGUGGCAAAGCUUGUUAAUGCCAAUUUUACCAGAUGACAUGCUGGAGUUUUUGGAUGCUCCUGUUCCAUACAUUGUUGGUGUUAAGAACAAAACCAGUGAAGUACAAUCAAAAUUAAGCAACGUCAUUUUGGUUGAUGCUAACAAGAACCAGGUGAAGUCACCAGCGAUACCACAACUGCCAAAACACAGGGAGCUGUUAUCAUCCCUAAGUCCUUAUCAUUCUAAGCUUGUUGGAGAAAGCUAUUUGGCCAGAAAGAGGCCAGUGUAUGAGUGUACAGAUGUGCAGGUUGAGGCUGCCAAGGGUUUUCUAGGGGUUUUAAGAUCUUACUUGGAUUCGCUUUGCUCUAACCUGCGUUCUCAUACAAUAACAAAUGUACAAUCCAAUAAUGACAAGGUAUCAUUGCUCUUAAAGGAGAGUUUCAUAGAUUCGUUCCUUAGUCGUGAUCGACCAUUUAUGAAGCUUUUCGUGGAUACACAGCUCUUCUCUGUACAUACAGAUCUUGUUCUUUCGUUUUUCCAGAAGGAAUAGUUCUGUUAUGCGAAGGUUGAUUUGUAACUAUAUUAAUCUAUUAUAAGUUGAACGCAAGCUCAGGAUAUUUAUGAUGCUUGACUAAUGCUCAACUGAUAAUAGUCCCAAUACACCGAGAAGACUAGAAUGCCCAGAGGUUUUAACACCUGGGCAAAGGGGGCUGGAAGCUAGCCCGCCCAUGGACAGACUACAGGGGUUAUGGUAAUAGGAAAAAUUUAGUGUACAAUAUACAAUAUAAUGGUAUUUAUUAUUGUACAAAUUUUCUUGAUGUGAGAAGUGGAAUCUCCUUCUCUUUUUAUCCUUAGGGUGUGUUUGUCAGGAGAGAUUGGGGGAAGGAGGGGCGAGGGGAAAGAGAUUGGAUGUUCACUUCUGCAAGAAGGAUGGAGAGCUAAGGAAGGAUCCUUUCUCAUUUGUAAUCUUAUAAUCCUCCUGGUUUGGGCGGUUUGACUGUCUUUCUUCUGCGCUCUUGUGAUUUUCAAUGCUUUUAAUUUGAAUGGAUAAUUCUCGUCUUUUCUC